AUGGUUCGCAAAAUGAACAACCUGGCGAAGCGUCUCGCCGCCAACUCAAAAAGACAACGGCAACCGGAGCCCGAGGUGAGCAAACUGAUUCUGUUUUUUUGCUAAGAUUUGAGUCCAGAGCGAUUCCGAUGGCUCGGAUUUCGAUUUCGACAAUGCGAUCGUUGAGGAGAAGGCGAUGGGAAAGCCGCUGGACGAGAUGGAAGUCGACGAGGAUUCCGACGGAGACGAAGAGAAAGAAGUGAGAUUUAAAGAAAACAAACGAGGUUCUCAACGCAAAAAUGUUUGUUCCGGCGAAAAAAGCGCAUAAAAACCACAGUUUUCUUCCGAUUCUUCUAAGGAAUAUGUUUUCAGCUGCAAGCAGCGUUCGCCGCCGGUCUUCUGAAGGAUGGACUCAACAUCCAAGUGGCCAAGAAGCGGCCGAUCAUCAACAAAUCGGCAGAGAUGAAGGAGAAGUUGGCCGAGAUGACGAAAGAUCUUCCGUGGGUGGAGACGCUUGAAGUGGUCACUCCGCACGUGGAAAUGGACAAGAAGGUGGAGAAUGACGACUUUCAGAGAGAGCUCAACUUGUGAGUUAAUCCAUUUCCAGAAUAAUUCUAAUUAAAAAUGAUUUUUAGCUACAAACAAGCGGAGAAGGCGGUUCAAAUUGCGUAUCCACGUCUUCUGAAUCUGAAUAUCAAGGUGUUGAGACCGACGGAUUACUACGCGGAGAUGGCGAAGACCGACUUGCACAUGCAGAAGGUGCGGAAGCGUCUCGUUGACAUCCAGGAGAUGAAGGAGCGUCAGGAGGCGUUCCGACGCAUCCGAGAGGAGAAGAAGUUCGCGGUGAAGGUGCAGAAGGAGGCGAUCGCCAACAAGAAUUCUGAGAAGAAGAAAUUGGCGGACGCGGUGAAGAAGCACAAGAAGGGAAUGAAGCAGCAACUGGAGGACAUGCUCAACAACGUGAAAAGACACGGUCUCGAUCAGGACGACGACGAGCGACCGUCGGGUGGAAGGGGCGGACGAGGCGGAGCCGGAGCCGGAAGGGGCGGGUCGAUGAGAAACGCCGGAGAGCUCAAGAGGAAACUCAAGUCGGACAAGUUCGGAUACGGUGGAAAGAAGAAGGGAAUGAAGAGAAACAACAAGGAGAGGUAGAGAUUAUACAUUCACGAAGGAACACCAAUCUAUUCUUAUAUUUUCAGUUUCAACGAUCUGUUCGGAGCCCCGCGUGGCGGAUUCGGUGGUCGUGGUCGUGGUGGUGGACGCGGAGGCCGCGGAGGACGCGGAAGACGCUAA